GUGACCCGCUUCUCCUUUGUUCAUUUUACGGUCGAUAAGAGGAAGAACAAGGAGAACGUAUUUUGGAAGCAGAGGCCAGAGAGUGCAUCAAUCGUACAUAUCAAUAAAGGGGCAGCCGCAGAGAUGGGUCCGAUGUGGGUUUUAUCGCCCAAGCUUCAGGGAUCGUCGUUUUGGGUCGACAGCGUGAGUACUGGGAGUGGAGGAUGGGCUACUCUCGUUGCGCUCCUCUUCAUACUCAUCUGCCACUGCAUCAAGAGGUUCUUCUAUUCUGCGUCGUCCAAACCACUUGUUGAUUCUAUCGCUCCUGCUACGAUUGUAUCAGAUCAUUCCCAACUCAGGGUCUCUGAGAUCGUAUCAGAUGCUGAUUUAAAAUUAUUGAUUGAAAAUUUGAAUGAGAAUAUCGAUGAGAAUGUAAGAUGGGAGAAUGUCGUAGACAAAAGGAAUAAUCUUCUGUCCUAUAAGGCAAAAUGCUGCAAACCUAAGGACGGUCCUUUGAAAUACUGGAGUGUGACAGUUUUUGAGAAUUGCUCGCCUGAGAUUCUGAGGGACUUCUACAUGGACAAUGAUUAUAGGAAGCAGUGGGACAAGACUGUGAUUGAGCAUGAGCAGCUGCAGGUGGAUAAAACUACUGGAAUAGAAAUUGGCCGCACAAUUAAGAAAUUUCCACUUUUGACACCUAGGGAGUAUGUACUAGCAUGGAAAUUGUGGGAGGGAAACGAUAAAUCAUUCUACUGCUUUAUCAAGGAAUGUGAACAUCCAUUGGCACCACCUCAGAAGAAGUACGUACGUGUGCAGUUUUUUAGUUCUGGUUGGAAGAUCAGGAAAGUACCUGGAAGAAACGCGAGUGAGAUCUUGAUGUUUCACCAAGAAGAUUCUGGUUUGAACGGGGAAAUGGCAAAGCUGGCAUUUGCUAGAGGCAUAUGGAGUUAUGUGUGUAAGAUGGAAAAGGCACUGUGCAAGUACUCAACUAUGAACCAUAUAAGGGCAAGUGCAGCUGUUUCUUCCACCAGUCUUAUUCAGAAGGUUCCACCUGAAUUAGAUAAUGUCGAUAGUAUAGAUGCACCGGCAACUCCUGUUGCAAGUACUGGACAAUUUACUAGUGAAGCCAGAGACAAGAAAUUAUCUAAAAGGCCAUCAAGGAAAUUACUAGCUAAUGGUUUGAUCCUCCUUGGGGGUUUGGUAUGCCUCUCUCGUGGUCACUCUAGCCUCGGUGCUAAAGUUGCCAUGGCGUAUAUCUUGACAAAGUGGCGCAAGCAUGGUGCUUCAUCCAGCCAAGAUAGGAGCAGCUGAGGUAUCCAAAUGAAUUGCAUUCUCGGUACUGAUUCUGGGCAAGUCUGAAAAGUUUGGCACUUCCAACAUAAUUAACAUUCGGAUGGUAUCUAUAAGCUGACAUGUGCCCCAUUUGUUCAAGAAGCUAUGGGGCUUUGAGAUGUGAAAUAAAUUUUAAUAAUUGUAACUAUUUGCUUCUGUAUAUAUGAUCACUUCUUGUUGUGCCCAUCAUCCAUAAUUCUAUUUUGACAGUGUUGUGAUAUUAUAGGGGGUGUUUUGAGCAAAUAAGAUAAUGGUACUUUUUUGACCGAAUUAGUUGAAUCAGAAUAUGAAAGGGGAGCACUUCUGGUGUGGUGUA